UCACAUGGCAAUUUGCCAAAUUUAAGAGUUAGGAGUAGUAAAGUACUAAGAAGGAGAAAGGAUGGCCUAAUGAUAAACAAAAAUUAAUAUAUGUCAUCCCUAUAAAAAUAUUAUAAGAAGAAAUGAUACAGAAUAAAAAAGAAUUACAAAAGCGACAAUCUGCCAUCCUUUCAAAAUCAUAUCGAUAUAGUUCAUAUUAAGGGUGGUAAAACUCGAGUUUUGUAAUUUUUGUCAUUCUAGAUUUUAUACUAUAAUCAAAAUCGAUUUCUUAGAAGUUAGAACCCAUCUGAGAGUUUGACCUCAAACAAAGAAAAUGUCAGAAGAAGAAAAAGAAGAAGAAGAACAACAACAACACAACUCUCCUUCCCUCUUCCCAUCUUGAAUCCUUCAAUCUCUCUGAUCCAGUCAAAGCUUUCCAGCAAUGGCGCCAUCCAUGGAACCCCUCUCCCUAGAAACCCAGCACCUAAUCAACAACAACACCAAAAACCCUCCUCCAAAAUCACAAGAAGAAGAUCCCACGGAUCAAACAUCCCCACCAACCAAUUAUCUCUCCAACACCAAAUCCAUCCUGCUCGAGCCCCUCCAAUGGCUGCAAAUGCUGUCAUCCAACUUAAACCCAACAUUCAUCCUCGGGAUCUUCGUCGUCUACGGCCUCAGCCAGGGCUUCUCCGGCUCCUUCUUCAGGGUCGUCACCGACUACUACUGGAAAGACGUCCAGAAGCUGCAACCCUCAACGGUCCAGAUCUACAUGGGCUUCUACUACAUCCCCUGGGUCAUGAAACCCCUCUGGGGCCUCCUCACCGACGUUUUCCCCGUCGGCGGGUACAGGCGGCGGCCGUACUUCGUGGCCGCGGGGGUAUUGGGAUCUGCUUCCGCUCUGGCGGUGGCGCUGGUGGGGGAAUUGCCGGUGGCGGCGGCGCUGACUUGCCUGGUGGGCGUCACGGCCGGAAUGGCGAUCGCCGAUGUGACGAUCGAUGCUUGUAUUGCGAAGAGCAGCAUCGAAAUUAAGGGUUUGGCUGCCGAUAUGCAGAGCCUGUGCGGGUUUUGCUCCUCUGUUGGCGCUUUGAUUGGGUUUUCAACUAGUGGGUUGUUUGUUCAUCGGCUUGGACCUCAGCUGGCUCUGGUUCUUCUGGCGAUGCCGCCUGCUCUGGUGGCGGUGUUAGGGUUCGUCAUCUAUGAAGUAAAACGGUCUCCUGGUGGUCAGAAUGACGAGAACGGAAACACGAGCAUCAAGGUAGUAGAAGACCUAGGAGUGGCAAUCAAAGGGACAUGGAGAACAAUCCAAUGCCCACAAGUAUGGAAGCCAUCCCUCUACAUGUACCUCUCAUUGGCCCUCAGCAUCAGCACCCACGAAGGCCAGUUCUACUGGUACACCCACCCCAAUCCUAACCCAAACCCUAACCCCGGUCCACCCGGUCCAGCCUUCUCCCAAUCCUUCAUAGGCAUGGUCUAUGCCGUGGGAGCCCUGGCCUCCAUCGUUGGCGUAGUCAUCUACCAGAAAGCCCUGAAAAACAUCCCGUUCCGCACCCUCCUAUUCUCGGCCCAGCUCCUCUACGCACUCUCUGGAAUGCUCGACGUAGUGUUCAUCCUGCGGUGGAACCUCUGGUUGGGCAUCCCGGACUCAUUGUUUGUGAUGGCAGAGGAGUGCGUGUCGAGGGUGGUCUCGAGGGUCCGGUGGACCCCGAUGAUCGUGUUGAGCACGAGGUUGUGCCCGUCGGGGAUCGAGGGCACGUUUUUCGCGCUGCUGAUGUGCAUCGACAGUUUGGGGUCACUGUCGUCCAAGUGGGGAGGAGGGUUGAUGCUUCACAUGUUUGGGGUGACCCGAACCGAGUUCGGGAACCUGUGGGCGGUGGUUCUGUUGAGGAAUGGGUUGCGGUUGGGGACAUUGGGUUUGGUUUUUCUUGUACCGAAUCGAGGUUUGGAGGAUGAGUUGGUUACUGAUGGUGUUUUGGGAGUAGGGAGUGAUGGUUGUAGAGAGCUAGGGGAUGGAGAUGGUGGGGUUUUGCUUGUGGGUAUGGAAGGUGGAGAUAGGGAUGAAAAAACAACGUUAUUACAAUCUUAGUUGACCAAAGGAUGAGUCAUGAUCAAUGUAGUUAAAAGUUUGAUUCUACGUAUAAGUGUUUUGGUGAUCUAGAAGAGUAAAAACUUAAAACUUUUAAUCUUUCAAUCAAGUGCGAUUUUGAUUACAUUAUUACACAGCUUGCAAUCAAAAGCGCGAUUCUAAAUAAAAGCAUUUUAAAUGACCUAGAAGCGUAACAACAUAAGCUUUUAACCUUCCAAAAAUGAUUUUUACUACAUUGAUGAUGACGGUACAAAUAUACUUUUUAUUGGUAGUAACUAUAGCUAGUCUAUCAUUAAGGUAUGUUGAACCAAAAUAAAAAAUGUUGUACAAAACUCAAAAUAUGACACUCGGAUGUUGUAGUACAUAUGAGGUAGCACAUCGGAUCGUCAGGUUUCGAAACAAAAGACCUUUUGAUUA